UCACCGCACCGCUCGCACGGUGCCCGUUACCAACGAUUUCGAACACCGGCUGAUUCGAAAUUUGAACGGUCUCAUUCCGUUGGCGGUCAACCUCGUGAAGACUCACAUGCUCCAGACAUCCAAGGAAUCAUGGCCAGCCCGUUGCCGCUUCAACUCGCCAAUCCUUCAAGUGAAGGGAUCAAAAUGAGUUACCUAGAAAAGGUGGACCGGUAUCUCGAUUCACUGAAAGUUGGAAAAAGUGCCCUAGUGGACUCAUGGUUCAUGAUGUCGAGUCCGAUCCCGAUCCUCUGCGUGGUGAUCGCGUACCUGAUCUUCGUGCGCGUCGGCCCCAGCCUGAUGAAGAAUAGGCCUCCACUCAGGAUCACGAAACUCAUCACGUAUUACAACGCCACGCAAGUGUUGCUGUCUGUGAUGAUGGUUUAUAAGGCUCUGAAUUUAAACAUAUUUCGAGACGGUGUGCUCUACGCGGGGUGUAGAUAUCCAUCAAAUACUCAAAACAAACAGCUUUUGGAGCUAGGAUGGUGGUACUUCUUCGCCAAGUUCACUGAACUCCUCGACACCGUGUUCUUCGUGCUUAGAAAAAAGAACAAGCAGGUGACAUUCCUCCACGUAUACCACCACGGCAUCAUGGCCCUCUACUCCUGGAGCUACCUCAAGUUCGCCGCCGGCGGCCAAGGGACCAUCCUCGCCCUCCUAAACUCUGCCGUCCAUGUCGUCAUGUACUCUUACUACCUUCUCUCCGGACUGGGGCCUCAGUUCCAAAAGUAUUUGUGGUGGAAGAAAUACGUCACUACUUUGCAGCUGGUACAAUUCGUGAUUAUGCUCGCCUACUGCAUAUGGACUCACUUCUCACCAAGAUGUCAGUACGCGGUCGGCUUCACCUACUUCAUAUCGGCCAACGUGACAAUUUUCCUCUGUCUCUUUCUCAACUUCUAUUCCAAAAGCUACAAGAAGAAGAAAAGCGGAGAAAAGGAGAUACAGAACGAAUUCGAGAAACAAAGAAACGGGACCAAACAAAAUGGCGUUGAAGCGAAUGGAAUCACAGCGGGAAAGAACAAAGGGGUGUGCACAAAUGAUUGUAAGGAUAUUUCCAAUGUAGAAGAUUGUCCUUGUGCAGUUGACAAAGCUUGUGGAGACUACAUCAAGAAGGGCAAGGUGUUCCUCACUAGACGCACAGCCAAAGCGUGUGAAGAACUAGAUUACGAAAGUAUAAUAAAGAAAUGAUUCUUAUGGUUGAACAAUAUGGUUAGUUCCGGGUUUUUUGAGACUGAAUUUUGUGAUGGCGAUGAUAAACGAAAUAAUUUAGGAGCGAUUGAUAAGUAUAUAGGAGAAAUUGUUUUAAUAUUAAGGACGUAUGAAAUAGAGCUUAAAAUUGACUUUAUUUUUAAUUGAAUUAGUGUCAAUUCUGUCACUGAGAAUAUGUUGAUUGUGCUAAUAAAUUUUAUUGAUGAAAAGAUGUUUCAGCAUAUCGUAGUUAAAGUGCAGAACAUUUUUAAUGCUGUUGAAAUAUUGAACGUACCAGUGAGACGAUACGCUUUAAGAUUUAAAUUACAUUAAUAUUAAAAUGCCAACCGCACAAUUUUAAAUAAUGUAGAUGCUAAGAAUUUUAUUGUUGAAAUUAUAGCCAUACGCUGUUAUUGUUCAGCAAAUAGCAUUUCAGGUUAACAUUGCAAAUAUACUGUCGAUCGUAAGGUCAGACGGGGUAAGACAAUCCAUACUGUUACUCUCGCCCCGAGUGAAAUGAACUAUGUUCCUCUUACCCGACAUGUCCUUACACAUUUUAUUGUAUUGGUUGUCAACUUGUUCGCGUCUUUCCUGUAGAAGUUAAGACAAUCGAAAGCUAAUUUUUACGCUGUAGGUACCCAGAGGGGUACAUUAUUUUGGUACUUGAGACCCAAAGUGAAAGUGAAAGUAUUUCUUCUUCAAUUUAGGCAUAUUGCAAUGCACUUAUGAAUGUCAAAAACGCUAUCACCGGUUCUAAAUACACCGUAGCCCUGCGACGAUACAGUCGUAAGAAACUCGGCGGGAAAUAAGAAAACGUGAUAAUAUUCAUUGCUAUUGUACACAGAAGGGAUGUUUUUCUAUAAUAAGUAUGAUUGACCCUGUAGAAGAAGACAGUCAAUGUUUCUGUAUCAUGUGAAACUAAACUACUUAUAAAUAGUUUAAAAGAAGCAUGAAAAUAAAGCGGAAUAAUAGCAUUUUUAUGUUACAUAGCAAUAAUUGUAAAAUUUACAAACUUAUGUUUAGCUUUUAUUAAAACGUGAAAAGUACAGUUCUAAAAGUAUUUUAACUGUAACUCCAAAUUUAACUUAAUUAGUUCUUAAAACGUGACUCACAGAGUCAAAUUGUGUUGCUUACCUAACUUCAAAAUCGGGUAAAUCCAUUCGACCCUCCCAGCCAAUAUCUACCCUAUUAGUUACAUUAUCUUAACACCUAAAUCGCAUAAUCUGUCACAUGGAUUUACCCGCGUUUGAAGUUAAGAGACUCAAUUAAGAAAUAAUAGGGAUAUUAAACUAUGCGGUUCACCGGAUCCGGUAAACCGGUUAGCGCAAUACUGUACUUAAGAUAGGUUAGUUAUUGUGACCAAGAUUUAAUUUAUUUAAGAAUCUUGCCACUGUGGCAUGUACUUUUAAUUUCCUGCCAAAAUAAAUGCUCUGUACAAA